CGUGUUGCCAUAUUCGAUGCACCUACCGAAUACCACUAUGUUUCCCUCGAUCAGCUCCACCCAGUUUCUGCUCCUCUACCUCAUCCUCCUCUUCGUCCCCUCUCCGACCGUUGCCUUCACGUGGCAAGUUUGCAGCACAAGUGCCGGCAACUUUACUGCCAACAGCACGUAUGAGUCCAACCUCAACCUCCUCCUCUCCUCCCUCGUCUCCAACGGUUCCGCUCCUGGCUUCUUCACCGACACCAUCGGACGGAUACCCAACCAAGUUCAAGGCCUCGUCCUUUGUCGUGGUGAUACUAACGCCACCACCUGCAGCUCCUGCCUCAGCAACGGCGCGGUCGAGAUCCUCCAGCUCUGUGCCUACGACAAGGAUGCCGUGGUUUGGUAUGACGAGUGCCUCCUCCGCUUUUCCAACCUGCAGUUCCUCAGCACCUCAGACAACGACCCGACUGCUGCCUUGGAAAACGAGAUCGCCGUAAACGACGAAGCGGAUCGGUUCAACAAGGUGGUGAACGAGUUGCUCGACAGCACAGCGGAUUGGGCGGCGUAUAACUCGACGAAGAGGUACGCGACUGGGCAGGCGUUCAACGUGACGCUGGCGUUUCCAACUAUAUAUGCCCUGGCGCAAUGCACGCCGGACAUGUCGGCGAGCGACUGCAGGCAGUGUUUGGAAGGGGUGUCGCAGGGGCUCCCGAUGGCGAGAAUGGGAGCUAGGAAUCAGGGAGUGAGGUGCAAUUUAAGGUACGAGUCUAGCCUCUUCUUCCAAGGCAACCCCAUCAUACGGCUUAUUUCCCCUGCGACGAAUGCAACAACGCCUGUGGAUAAUGCCACAACUCCGGCCUCUGCUCCGGCAUCCCGGCCAUCUGUCGGUUCAACCAGCAAAGAAGGAAAAAAGAAAACAAUUCUUGCAAUUUCGAUAUCUGCAGUGAGUGCGGUGCUGCUAAUCUCCAUUAUUUACGCUUGCUUCAAGAGAUUGAGGAAGCAGACACCGAAGCAACCUUAUGCAACUGACUCGGAGGAGGCCACACAAGUCGAAUCACUACUAUUUGAUCUAUCGACACUACGAGUUGCAACAGUCAACUUCUCGGAGGAAAAUAAACUUGGUGAAGGUGGUUUCGGAGCUGUUUACAAGGGACUGCUACCAGAUGGACGAGCAAUAGCAGUAAAGCGGCUGUUGAACUCUGGGCAAGGACUUGGAGAGCUUAAAAAUGAGUUGGCUUUGGUUGCUAAGCUCCAGCACCGGAAUCUCGUAAAGCUUCUAGGAGUUUGCUUGGAGGAAGAGAAGAUGAUCGUCUAUGAAUACGUGCCUAACACGAGCCUCGACAAAUUUCUUUUUGAUCCUGCAAGAGGCGAACAACUAACUUGGGGAAUUCGAUACAAGAUCAUUUGUGGGAUCGCUAGGGGCCUGCUUUAUCUGCACGAGGAAUCUCAGCUAAAAAUCAUACAUCGAGAUCUAAAGGCCUGCAACAUCUUGUUGGAUGCAGAUAUGAACCCAAAGAUCUCAGAUUUCGGUUCAGCUAAGCUUUUCGAUGGCGAGCAAACUCAGGGCAUGACGAGUCGAGUUGUGGGAACCUUUGGAUACAUGGCACCAGAGUAUGUGAUCCAUGGCCAAUUUUCGAUCAAGUCAGAUGUGUUCAGCUUCGGUGUUCUGGUUUUGGAGAUUUUGACGGGAAGAAAAAACAGCACAGCUUGUAAUCCUGAAAAUACUGAAGACCUUCUAAGCUAUACAUGGGAGAAAUGGCGAGGAGGAUCAGCCUUGGAGAUGGUAGAUCCAGCCUUGGGCAAUCAAUUCCAUGGGAGCGACCUGUUAAGAUGUAUGCAGAUUGGGCUAUUGUGUGUGCAGGAAAACCCGUUUGCCAGGCCUAGUAUGUCGACAGUCGCUGUGAUGCUAAGUAGUGCAACAGUGACUCUGCAAGCUCCUUCACAACCUGCAUUUUGUUAGAUAGGAUUUUAUUACAAAAAUAAA